AUGUCGAUCAUGGAGCUCAACGGCGGUUCGUGCAUUGCGAUGGUGGGAAAGGGAUGCGUGGCAAUCGCGUGCGACUUGAGGCUCGGAAACCAGGCUCUUACCGUCGCCUGCAACUUCGAGAAGGUCUUCCCCGCGACAGAACGGACAUACUACGGUCUCCCCGGCCUCGCAUCCGACACCGUCACCGUGCGCGACAAGCUGCGACACCGGAUCAACCUCUACGCGAUGAAGGAGGAGCGGACGAUCGAGCCUGAGACGUUCUGCCAUCUCGUCUCGAGCACGCUGUAUGAGAGGAGGUUCGGUCCUUAUUUCGUCGAGCCGGUGGUAGCAGGCUUGAACUCGAAGGACGAGCCAUUCAUUGCGGCGACGGACUUGAUCGGGUGCAUCAACUUCGCGAAGGACUUUGUCGUCUCGGGCACAGCGUCAGAGAAGCUAUUCGGCAUGGCCGAGUCCCUCUGGGAACCCGAUCUCGAGGCGGACGACCUGUUCGAGACGAUUUCGCAGACGCUGCUCAACGCGGUGGACAGGGAUGCGUACUCGGGAUGGGGUGCGGUCGUGUGGAUCAUCGAGAAGGACAAGGUGACGAAGCGGUGGCUCAAGGCUCGCAUGGACUAG